AGCAGGAAAUUAUUAGAUUUGUGGUAAGUUAGUAAGGAGGGAGACUUAGACGAAAUGUUUAGCUUUAUAUUUAUUGUUCCUUUUCCCGUGGGAGAGGAAAAGCAGCAAGCAAUGGCUUUAAAAAGCCUGAAUCCUAUAUCUUCUCUGCACCAUCACUCCUACACACAAAACCAUCUCUCUCUCUCUCUCUCUCUCUCUAAGUUUCAUUUACAUACAUCAUCGCACUCUUCUCAAAUGGUAAAAGAGAAGAGUUUGGACGGAAAGGGCGGCGUAGUUCUAACUGCUCCGUUAUCUCUUGACGGCAACGAAUCCGACUCCGAUUACAGAACUCCAAACAUCAUCCAACGCAUUCUCAGCCUUCUCGCCGCCGUUCGCCCCGGCUCCGACCUCACGCGCCUCCAGCUUCCGCCGCAGUUCAACAUUCCGAAGUCGCAGCUGCAAUUAUACGGAGAGUCGGUGUACAGCGUGAGGUCGAAUAUGUUGAGCAAGUGUGUGGAGGAGGAGACGCCUCUGGGCAGAUUGGUGGCGGUGGUGGCGUGGAGCAUCUCCACCUUGCGCCCCUUGCCCUUCGGCGUCGCGCCAUACAACCCGCUGCUCGGAGAGACCCACCACGUCUCCGCCGCAUCGCUCAAUGUGCUCCUAGAGCAGGUUUCACAUCACCCUCCAGUGACUGCUCUUCACGCCACGGAUGAGAAAGCCAACAUCGAAAUCUUAUGGUGUCAAUCUCCCAUUCCAAAAUUUUACGGCAGUCACAUUGAGACAGAAGUGGUGGGAAAACGGCAGCUGAAGCUUGUGGAGCAGAAGGAGACAUACACGCUCAACUCUCCGAAACUGGUGAUACGAUUCUUGCCUUUUUCCGGCGUAGAUUGGAUAGGAGAUGUAAGAAUCCGAUGUGAAGAAACUGAGCUUGAAGCACAGCUUUGUUACAGAGGCAACUCGUUUUGGCCACGCCCCUCCAUACAUAGGUCCAUUAAGGGAAAGAUUGUUAGAUCAUCAACUUCACACACAAUUUAUGAGAUUAAUGGCCACUGGGAUAGAAGCGUGGUGGUGAAGGAUGUUGCCACUGGGAAGCAGACAACCAUCUACGAUGCUAGAGAAGCCCUUUCAGGAUUGAAAACUCCUAUUCUCAAGGAUCCUCAGGCAGUUUGUAGUAGUGAGUCGAGCUUAGUAUGGAGUGAAGUGAGCCGAGCCAUACAGGAGAAGAGGUGGGAUAAAGCGAGGGAAAGCAAGAGUGAGAUUGAGGAGAGACAAAGAGAGAUGGCAAGAGAGAGAGAGUUGAAAGGGGAAGAGUGGGUUCCUAAGCAUUUUACGGUGUUCCAUACCAAGGAAAGUGGAUGGGAUUGUGUCCCAAACAACAACGUUGUUGCCCCUGCUCCAAUUAUUGUUACUGAUUAAUCACACUUCUAAAUUAAGGGAUAAAUCUUUCAUUCAAAUAUAGAAUAUAUAUAAUUGUGCACUAGAACGUGUGAACGAUCAAUAUCUUUGUACAAAUGUACUGCUGGCUGAUCAUAUGCUACAAAGUGUAAUGUGUCUAUCAUAUGUCA